AUGACCUCUCUUCUUCCAGCCUUCUUCAUUCCCUUCCUCCUCUUAUCAUCUCUAAAUGCCUCUACUAUCAAUAUCAUAGAUCAUGGCGCAAGAGGGGAUGGCAUAACAGAUGUGAGCCAAGCAUUUCUAGCAGCAUGGGCCAUUGCCUGCAAGUCAUCUCAGCCAACAACGAUAUAUGUACCACCUAAGAGGUUCUUCACUAGCCCAAUUGUCUUCCAAGGACCAUGCAAGAACUCCAGGAUUACAUUUCAAAUGGAGGGAACCCUUGUUGCUCCUGAUUACAAGAAGAUGGAAAGUUCUACUAAUUGGUUGAUGUUCCAUGGUGUUCAAGGAGUGUCCAUCAUCGGAGGAUAUCUUGAUGGCCGUGGCACCAGCUUGUGGGCAUGCAAAGCUGCAGGGAGAAAUUGUCCCGCCGGAGCUGUGUCACUUGCGUUCUACAGUUCGAAGGACAUACUAGUUCAAAAUCUGAGAUCGAUCAAUGCCAAAUUGUUUCACAUAGUCGUACAUUCAUCCCAAGAUGCAGUGAUACAAGGAGUUAAAAUCGAUGCCCCGAGAGAUAGUCCAAACACAGAUGGUGUUCAUGUCCAGAAUUCAAUUAAUGUGCGUGUAUUGAACAUCGGAAUCAAGACCGGAGAUGAUUGCAUCUCAAUCGGUCCGGGAACUCGAAAUUUGUGGAUUCAGGGAGUCACAUGUGGUCCUGGACAUGGUAUAAGCAUUGGGAGUCUGGGGAAAUCAUCAAAUGAAGAAGGUGUACAAAAUGUGGUGGUGCAGAAUGUGGCAUUCUAUGGAACUCAAAAUGGGCUAAGAAUCAAAACCUGGGGAAGGCCGAGCAAUGGGUUUGUGACAGGAGUGGUUUUCAAGCAAGUUGUGAUGAAAAAUGUCCAAAACCCCAUCAUUAUUGAUCAAAAUUAUUGCCCUCAUAAUACUGGUUGCCCUAAUCAGAACUCAGGCAUUCAAAUUAGUGGAGUAACAUACGCAGACAUAGUCGGAACAUCGGCGACUCAAGUUGCAAUGAAAUUCGCUUGUAGCACAACUUCUCCAUGUAAACGGAUCAGUUUGGAAGGUAUAAAGCUCACCUACAAGGAUCAGACCGCAAAAUCCGUCUGCAAGAAUGUUUAUGGAACAACUCAUGGUCUAGUCCUUCCGCGUUGUGUGUAA